GGCCCCAGCCAGUGCCCAGCCCCGCUGGGAGCCCCGGCCAGCACCACGGACGGCGCCCAGGAAGCCCGAGUGCCCCUGGACGGGGCCUUCUGGCUCCCGCGGCCCCCGGCAGGUUCCCCCAAGGGCUGCUUCGCCUGCGUGUCCAAGCCCCCCGCGCUGCAGGCUCCUGCAGCCUCCGGCCCCGAGCCCUCAGCCUCGCCCCCCAUGGCACCCACCCUGUUCCCCAUGGAGUCCAAGUGCAGCAAGACGGACAGCGUGCGGACGGCUGGCGCGCCCCCCGCCUGCAAGCACUCAGCCGAGAAGAAGACCAUGACCAAUCCCACGACGGUGAUCGAGGUCUACCCGGACACCAGCGAGGUCAACGACUACUACCUGUGGUCCAUCUUCAACUUCGUCUACCUCAACUUCUGCUGCCUCGGCUUCAUCGCCCUGGCCUACUCCCUCAAAGUCCGGGACAAGAAGCUUCUCAAUGACCUGAACGGUGCGGUGGAGGACGCCAAGACAGCCAGACUGUUCAACAUCACCAGCUCGGCCCUGGCUGCCUCCUGCAUCCUCUUGGUCUUCAUUUUCCUGCGGUAUCCUCUCUCUGACUACUGAGCGCCCAGCGCGUGGGAGGCCCAACACACCUGCUCGUGUCCAUGCCGGGUCAUGCCAGGGGUCGUGCUUCCGCCCUUGGGGCCUGGGGGGCCUGGAGGGAGCCGGCCCACCACUCCUGCCUCCUGCCUCUGCCCUUGUAUGUGUGCGUGUGCAGGCCCUGGCUGCCCCUGUACUGUGCACCCUGACUUCCGGCGGCUGCCCCCCUCAUACACCCGCCCCACGUUCCAGCAGUCCCCACCCCCGCUGAUAACCAGCAAGAAGGGCUUUUGUGGGAGGGAGUUCCCGGGACAAGGGCAGGGGCUGCCAGCCUGGGGACCCCUCCGUCUCCCCUGACGCCUGCCACCUCCAAGCUGUGACCCUGCUCUGUACCUGUGGACUCAAUAAACCCCUCCCUGCUACAGCCCAGCCUCCGUCCACUCCCCGCCGCAGGAGGGGGUGUGACCCUUCAGGAGCCUCCUUGCUGGGGGCCUGGAAGCACCUGCCACCUGCCUGUCUCUGUGAGGUGGAUGCACGAAGGUCC